AUGGCGGCGGAGAUUUUGUACACAAUCCACUUUUAUGUCUUAUUUUUGCUUUUAACGGUUCGGAUUUCUUCUAGUUUUAUCGGCAAUGGUGAUAACUACCGACGGAUGUAAGUUGGAUAGUACAUUUUUGUUAUACAGUAAUAAAGUGCUAUAAAAGGUAGCUAACGUUAGCUAAUCUUUUGCUCACUAGCUACAGUAAAGUAGUAACUUUACGUUACUGUAAGGCGUUAGUUUACUAACGAAAUUAUCAAUGCGUCAGUUAGCUAACUUCUGUUUGGAGCCAGUUCACGGUAUUUUUAUCCGCUAAACUGCUAGAUAGCAAGUUAUAUAUUUUAGCUAGUUGGUGAUUUCUAGCAUUUUGGAUAUACGCGUUGUUUGGGUUUCUAUUUAUAGCGCGAGCCAUAUUGUAACGAUGACCAAAAAUCUAUGAUACUAGCUAUCAUUUACACAUUUUUUGGGCCCCAACCAACAAUGCAUACUGUAGCGACAUUAGACUACACCAGGGUUCUUCAAUUCCGGUCCUGGAGGGCCGAAACACCUCUGUUUUUCAUCCUCUCCUUCUAACCAGUGGCUAAUUCAGACCUGGGACACCAGGUGAGUGCAAUUAACUACCAUGUAGAAAUAAAAAACAGAAGUGUUUCGGCCCUCCAGGACCGGAAUUGAAGAACCCUGGACUACACAAUUCCUUGUGGUUGUGGUGGGUGUGAUUUUGAACUAGGGGCAUACAGUCCUGGUCAAAAGUUUUGAGAAUGACACAAGUAUUGGUCUUCACAAAGUUUGCUGCUUCAGUGUUUUUAAAUAUUUGUGUCAGAUGUUACUAUGGUAUACUGAAGUAUAAUUACAAGCAUUCCAUAAGUGUCAAAGGCUUUUAUUGACAAUUACAUUAAGUUUAUGCAAAGAGUCAAUAUUUGCAGUGUUGACCCUUCUUUUUCAAGACCUCUGCAAUCCGCCCUGGCAUACUGUCAAUUAACUUCUGGGCCACAUCCUGACUGAUGGCAGCCCAUUCUUGCAUAAUCAAUGCUUGGAGUUUGUCAGAAUUUGUGGGGUUUUGUUUGUCCACCCGCCUCUUGAGGAUUGACCACAAGUUCUCAAUGGGAUUAAGGUCUGGGGAGUUUCCUGGCCAUGGACCCAAAAUGUCGAUGUUUGGUUCCCCGAGCCACUUAGUUAUCACUUUUGCCUUAUGGCAAGGUGCUCCAUCAUGCUGGAAGAGGAAUUGUUCAUCACCAAACUGUUCUUGGAUGGUUGUGAGAAGUUGCUCUCAGAGGAUGUGUUGGGACCAUUCUAUAUUCAUGGCCGUGUUCUUAGGCAAAAUUUUGAGUGAGUCCACUCACUUGAACAGUCUCAGGAUGCUUUACUGUUGACUUUUUUCCAGAUGCCCCAAACAAUCGGAAAGGGUAUUCAUCAGAGAAAAUGACUUUACCCCAGUCCUCAGCAGUCCAAUCCCUGUACCUUUUGCAGAAUAUCAGUCUGUCCCUGAUGUUUUUCCUGGAGAGAAGUGGCUUCCUCGCUGCCCUUUUUGACACCAGGCCAUCCUCCAAAAGUCUUCGUCUCACUGUGCGUGCAGAUGCACUCACACCUGCCUGCUGCCAUUCCUGAGCAAGCUCUGCACUGGUGGUGCCCCGAUCCUGCAGCUGAAUCAACUUUAGCAGCAAUAUCCUUGCCUGUGAAGCCUUUUAUUGUGCAAAGCAAUGAUGACGGCACGUGUUUCCUUGCAAGUAACCAUGGUUAACAGAGGAAGAACAAUGAUUUCAAGCACCACCCUCCUUUUAAAGCUUCCAGUCUGUUAUUCUAACUCAAUCAGCAUGACAGAGUGAUCUCCAGCCUUGUUCUCGUCAACACUCUCACCUGUGUUAACGAGAGAAUCACUGACAUGAUGUCAGCUGGUCCUUUUGUGGCAGGGCUGAAAUGCUGUGGACAUUUUUUUUUUUGGGAUUAAGUUCAUUUUCAUGGCAAAGAGGAACUUUGCAAUGAAUUGCAAUUCAUCUAAUCACGCUUCAUAACAUUCUGGAGUAUAUGCAAAUUGCCAUCAUAAAAACUGAGGCAGCAGACUUUGUGAAAAUUAAUAUUUGUGUCAUUCUCAAAACAUUCGGAAAGUAUUCAGACCCCUUGACUUUUUUCACAUUUUGUUACGUUAAAGCCUUAUUCUAAAAUGUAUUACAUUAUUUUCCCCCCUCAUCAAUCUACACACAGUACCUUAUUUACGUAAGUAUUCAGACCCUUUGCUAUGAGACUCGAAAUUGAGCUCAGGUGCAUCCUGUUUCCAUUGAUCAUCCUUGAGAUGUUUCUACAACUUGAUUGGAAUCCACCUGUGGUAAAUUCAAUUGGACAUGAUUUGGAAAGGCACACACCUGUCUAUAUAAGGUCCCACAGUUGACAGUGCAUGUCAGAGCAAAAACCAAGCAAUGAGGUCAAAGGCUCCCAUAGAGCUCUAAUUAAAGGUCAAGGGGUCUGAAUAAUUUCCGAAUGCACUGUAGUUAGGCUUAAGUGUUUGGGUUUUAAAUUUUUUGUGAUUAAUGGCAGUGGGUAAGUAAAACCCAAACUGUUAUGGCCCAGAGAUUCCUUUCAAGGUAUUUGGGGUAAACUUGUGUAAUUAGGUGAACUGUCAUACCGGUACCCAAGAGGCAUCUACUGAAGAUGCUGAGAUAGCUAAGUCAAAUAGUGCUGAAACAAAUCUAAACUGAACUCUACUCUGUGCUGGUAAUCCAGCCAUAUCAACUAUGAUUAAAUAUUGAUUAUGAACUAAGAUAUCUCAGUUGAGACUUCCUUUUUUGGGGAGGGGGGGUAGAUCAGCUUAAUAUUGCAGAUAGAUUGUAACUUCCAUCAAUGUAAUUGUCUGCAUCACUUCCAAUCCCCCAUGUUUAAAAAAAUAUAUAUACAUAUAUACAUACAGUGGGGAGAACAAGUAUUUGAUACACUGCCGAUUUUGCAGGUUUUCCUACUUACAAAGCAUGUAGAGGUCUGUAAUUUUUAUCAUAGGUACACUUCAACUGUGAGAGACGGAAUCUAAAACAAAAAUCCAGAAAAUCACAUUGUAUGAUUUUUAAGUAAUUAAUUUGCAUUUUAUUGCAUGACAUAAGUAUUUGAUACAUCAGAAAAGCAGAACUUAAUAUUUGGUACAGAAACCUUUGUUUGCAAUUACAGAGAUCAUACGUUUCCUGUAGGUCUUGACCAGGUUUGCACGCACUGCAGCAGGGAUUUUGGCCCACUCCUCCAUACAGACCUUCUCCAGAUCCAAAGAUUUUCUAUUGGGUUCAGGUCUGGAGACUGGCUAGGCCACUCCAGGACGUUGAGAUGCUUCUUACGGAGCCACUCCUUAGUUGCCCUGGCUGUGUGUUUCGAGUCGUUGUCAUGCUGGAAGACCCAGCCACGACCCAUCUUCAAUGCUCUUACUGAGGGAAGGAGGUUGUUGGCCAAGAUCUCGUGAUACAUGGCCCCAUCCAUCCUCCCCUUAAUAUGGUGCAGUCGUCCUGUCCCCUUUGCAGAAAAGCAUCCCCAAAAAUUAUGUUUUCACCUCCAUGCUUCACGGUUGGGAUGGUGUUCUUGGGGUUGUACUCAUCCUUCUUCUUCCUCCAAACACGGCGAGUGGAGUUUAGACCAAAAAGCUCUAUUUUGGUCUCAUCAGACCACAUUACCUUCUCCCAUUCCUCCUCUGGAUCAUCCAGAUAGUCAUUGGCAAACUUCAGACGGGCCUGGACAUGCGCUGGCUUGAGCAGGGGGACCUUGCGUGCGCUGCAGGAUUUUAAUCCAUGACGGCGUAGUGUGUUACUAAUGGUUUUCUUUGAGACUGUGGUCCCAGCUCUCUUCAGGUCAUUGACCAGGUCCUGCCGUGUAGUUCUGGGCUGAUCCCUCACCUUCCUCAUGAUCAUUGAUGCCCCACAAGGUGAGAUCUUGCAUGGGGCCCCAGACCGAGGGUGAUUCACCGUCAUCUUGAACUUCUUUCAUUUUCUAAUAAUUGCGCCAACAGUUGUUGCCUUCUCACCAAGCUGCUUGCCUAUUGUCCUGUAGCCCAUCCCAGCCUUGUGCAGGUCUACAAUUUUAUCCCUGAUGUCCUUACACAGCUCUCUGGUCUUGGCCAUUGUGGAGAGGUUGGAGUCUGUUUGAUUGAGUGUGUGGACAGGUGUCUUUUAUACAGGUAACGAGUUCAAACAGGUGCAGUUAAUACAGUUAAUGAGUGGAGAACAGGAGGGCUUCUUAAAGAAAAACUAACAGGUCUGUGAGAGCCGGAAUUCUUACAUUUCUUACUGGUUGGUAGGUGAUCAAAUACUUAUGUCAUGCAAUAAAAUGCAAAUGAAUUACUUAAAAAUCAUACAAUGUACAGUUGAUGUGUACCUAUGAUAAGAAUUACAGACCUCUACAUGCUUUGUAAGUAGGAAAACCUGCAAAAUCGGCAGUGUAUCAAAUACUUGUUCUCCCCACUGUAUCUACUAGUUCUAAUGUAUCCAUGACAUUCACGAUUUCCUUAAGAGCAUGUGGGUGAUUGUUUGUGGUGUGAUUUCCUUUACGGUCCUUUGAGCUAUUUAAUACAGUAUUAUAAUCCCACACCAUAAUAAUAUUGUCUUGAAUUGCUUGCAGGGUUGAUAAUUUAUUAUAUAUAUUGUCAAAGUGUGGAUCAUUAUUAUUUGGUCCGUAAAUGUUAAUGAGCCAUAUCUGUUUAUUGUCCAAUAACAUAUUUAAAAUAAUCCAUCUACCUUGCGUAUCUAUUUGGACAAUUUGCACAUUCGGAUCGAAAUUACUAUUAAUUAAUAUCAUCACCCCUUUUGAAUUUCUUUGCCCAUGGGAGAAGUAUAUUUCGCCCCCCCCAUUCCUUUUUCCACGCAACUUCAUCUAGAAUUGUUGAAUGAGUUUCCUGUAAACAAUAGAUAUUAUAUUCCUUCUCUUUGAGCCAUGUAAAUAUUGUUCUUCUUUUGUUAUUAUCAGCUAAGCCAUUACAAUUAUAACUGGCUAUACUUAUUUCACCAUAUACCAUAAUGAGAUACAAGUUUCAAAACUAUUUAUCAUUAUAUAUGUUUGUAAAUUUACCAUGAAAAAAUACCGUAAUGAUUGAGUGUCCAUAUAGCUGUACCAUGAUAUUUGCAUUGCUACUAAGUAUCCCUUCAAUUGUUCUCCACUAAUUCCCCCGCUAAAGCCCCUCCCCAUCCCAAGUUGAGCCGUCAUCCCAUUGAUCGGCAUCCCACCCACAUCCCUCCGGAUCCCUAGGGCCCCGAGAGGCCAGGACCCAUUUGAGACUUCCUUGCAUAGGUCAGUACUCCAUAGGACUCUGACCAAGUCAGGACCAGUCAGUAUUUCUUUAGGGUUGUUGGCCUGAGCAGGACGCUGUGCAAAUCUGUUAUUGAUUUUUGAAUCUCUGUUUACAAUUUCAGUUUGUUUGUAUGAAUCUCACCUUCUGUGUCGCUAUAGAAAAAUUACAAAACAUACCGUCUCUGUUUUACUUACCUCUUCCCAGGUAUCCCUGGAACUGAACCCUGAUCUGAACUCCUUGCUGACACCGCUGCCCCCUGGUGUUGGCUUGGUCCAUGUGCGGGCGCUGGGCAAAAACACAACACUGCAUUACCUCCUCUGCAACCAUUUACAUUUUACAUUUACAGUCAUUUAGCAGACGCUCUUAUCCAGAGCGACUUACAGGAGCAAUUAGGGUUAAGUGCCUUGCUCAAGGGCACAUCGACAGAUUUUUCACCUAGUCGGCUCGGGGAUUAGAACCAGCGACCAGCAACCAGCAACCAGGGGGCGCAAGCAUUACUACUGGUGCACACGAGCUCCACUUCAUCCAAGGUGGAGGUAGACUGGCCUGCCUUCCUGGUACAAAAUACCACAGGCAGCCUGAAAGUGACUCCAGAGAGCAGUGUUCUGUGCAGCAACGCACUCGUCUUUACCAGGGUGAGUCAUCAGCAGUUCUAAAUUGGUGGUCAUCUUGUUCAUAAGUGUCAGUUGAGGUGAAAAUUUGAGUGGCUGAUACAGGUCACAUGACCGUAUCUCAUCCAAAUGCAUAAACCAUAAAGACAAGCGAGAUGCUAGGUUUUGAACCAUAAUCCAGGUUAUUGAAAGUAAUCAUUUGCGUGGUCCAAAAUUCAAGCUCUAGACAUUUCUUGUAGAUCAUAAAUGUUUUGAUGGUUGUUAGCAAUAUGGUAAUAGCUCUAACAAACACCUGGGUAUUAACAAGGGGUUGAUUUCAGACUGGGCAAAGCCAUACAUAACUAAUUCACUAAACCAACUUAUUUGUCUCGUCAGCUGUGGGAGUACGACGAUGUCAACGACACAGCCGACCCGGAGCACAUGCCCCCCUCCAGCUUCUUCCAGCCCUACAAGCUGCAGAAUUUCACCUGGGACGACCUGAACAAGACACUGGACCCCACGGCCCACACCGCCCUGCUCUGUGGAAGAGACGCCAGCGAGAGCUUCAGCAACGGCUCGCUCUGUCUGAAGGUAGGUGGAACUGCAUCAUCUAAAGCCUGGAUGAUGAAAUUAGGCAUUGCCUAUCUACACGAGAUUCAGACCUACAGUGGGGGAAAAAAGUAUUUAGUCAGCCACCAAUUAUGCAAGUACUCCCACUUAAAAAGAUGAGAGAGGCCUGUAAUUUUCAUCAUAGGUACACGUCAACUAUGACAGACAAAUUGAGAAAAUAAAUCCAGAAAAUCACAUUGUAGGAUUUGUAAUGAAUUUAUUUGCAAAUUAUGGUGGAAAAUAAGUAUUUGGUCACCUACAAACAAGCAAGAUUUCUGGCUCUCACAGACCUGUAACUUCUUCUUUAAGAGGCUCCUCUGUCCUCCACUCGUUACCUGUAUUAAUGGCACCUGUUUGAACUUGUUAUCAGUAUAAAAGACACCUGUCCACAACCUCAAACAGUCACACUCCAAACUCCACUAUGGCCAAGACCAAAGAGCUGUCAAAGGACACCAGAAACAAAAUUGUAGACCUGCACCAGGCUGGGAAGACUGAAUCUGCAAUAGUUAAGCAGCUUGGUUUGAAGAAAUCAACUAUGGGAGCAAUUAUUAGUAAAUGGAAGACAUACAAGACCACUGAUAAUCUCCCUCGAUCUGGGGCUCCAUGCAAGAUCUCACCCCGUGGGGUCAAAAUGAUCACAAGAACGGUGAGCAAAAAUCCCAGAACCACACGGGGGGACCUAGUGAAUGACCUGCAGAGAGCUGGGACCAAAGUAACAAAGCCUAACAUCAUGCUUUGGGGCUGUUUUUCUGCAAAGGGACCAGGACGACUGAUCCGUGUAAAGGAAAGAAUGAAUGGGGCCAUGUAUCGUGAGAUUUUGAGUGAAAACCUCCUUCCAUCAGCAUGACAAUGAUCCCAAACACACCGCCCGGGCAACGAAGGAGUGGCUUCGUAAGAAGCAUUUCAAGGUCCUGGAGUGGCCUAGCCAGUCUCCAGAUCUCAACCCCAUAGAAAAUCUUUGGAGGGAGUUGAAAGUCUGUGUUGCCCAGCGACAGCCCCAAAACAUCACUGCUCUAGAGGAGAUCUGCAUGGAGGAAUGGGCCAAAAUACCAGCAACAGUGUGUGAAAACCUUGUGAAGACUUACAGAAAAUGUUUGACCUGUGUAAUUGCCAACAAAGGGUAUAUAACAAAGUAUUGAGAAACUUUUGUUAUUGACCAAAUACUUAUUUUCCACCAUAAUUUGCAAAUAAUUUCAUUAAAAAUCCUACAAUGUGAUUUUCUGGAUUUUUUUUUUUUUACAGGCCUCUCUCAACUUUUUAAGUGGGAGAACUUGCACAAUUGGUGGCUGACUAAAUACUGUUUUUCCCCACUGUAUGUCUGGAUCCACUCAACUGAUUGCAUGGGACAUUCAUUUAUUUAUUAAAUUUAACCUUUAUUUAACUAGGCAAGUCAUUUAAGAACAAAUUCUUAUUUACAAUGACGGCCUACCAAAAGGCCUCCUGCGGGGACGGGGAAUUUAAAAUAUAGGACAAAACCCACAUGACAAGAGAGACACCACAACACUACAUAAAGAGAGACCUAAGACGACAACAUAGCAUGGCGGCAACACAUGACAACACAACAUGGUAGCAACACCACAUGACAACAACAUGGUAGCAACACCACAUGACAACAACAUGGUAGCAACACCACAUGACAACUAAUCUCAGAUAGGGGGGAGUGAGGCCUAAGAGGGUUUUAUAAAUAAGCAUCAACCAGUGGGUCUUGCGACUGGUAUAAGGAGAUUACCAGUUUACAGAGGAGUAUAGAGUGCAGUGAUGUGUCCUAUAAGGAGCAUUGGUGGCAAAUCUGAUGGCCGAAUGGUAAAGAACAUCUAGCAGCUUGAGAGCACCCUUACCUGCCGAUCUAUAAAUUACGUCUCUGUAAUCUAGCAUAGGUAGGGUAGUCAUCUGAAUCAGGGUUAGUUUGGCAGCUGGGGUGAAAGAGGAGCGAUUACGAUAGAGGAAACCAAGUCUAGAUUUAACCUUAGCCUUCAGCUUUGGUAUGUGCUGAGAGAAGGACAGUGUAUCAUCUAGCCAAACUCCCAAGUACUUUACCUCCCGAGUGGCGCAGUGGUCUAAGGCACUGCAUCGCAGUGCUAGCUGUGCCACUAGAGAUCCUGGUUCGAAUCCAGGCUCUGUCGUAGCCGGCUGCGACCGGGAGACCCAUGGGGCGGCGCACAAUUGGCCCAGCGUCGUCCAGGGUAGGGGAGGGAAUGGUCAGUUGGUAGAGCAUGGCGUUUGCAACGCCAGGGUUGUGGGUUUGAUUCCCACGGGGGGCCAGUAUGAAAAAUACAAAAAUGGAUAAGAGCGUCUGCUAAAUUACUAAAAUGUAAAAUGUUGUAUGAGGUGACUACCUCAAGCUCUAAACCCUCAGAGGUAGUAAUCACACCGGUGGGGAGAGGGGCGUUCUUCUUACCAAACCAAACCUUUGUUUUGGAGGUGUUAAGGGCAGAGAAAGCAGAAAAAGCUUUGAAGUUAGAAAGCUUUGUUGUAGAGCGUUUAACACAAAAUCCAGGGAGGGGCCAGCUGAGUAUAAGACUGUAUCAUCUGCAUAUAAAUGGACAUGGACUCAUCUCUACAUUAGACCAGGUCUGAAAAUGUCUGACAGACUUAGAUUUUAUCACUUAAACUUGGUUACUGAAGUGAAGUGAGUAUUACUGAUCAGUGAAAUUUGAUUUAUUUUAUUACAUGUUAGCUAGCCUGUAUUCAACUAUUAUUUUCCUAUCCUAGUUCUCAGCCUUUGAUUCUGAGGGGCGGGACCAAGGCUGGCCCAGCCUCCUCCACAACGCUAACUCCUCCCAGCUGAGGGUGGGGCUGGACGGCGUGGCCCCGAGGUCCAAUCGCUCCCGCUUCUCCCUAGAGCUACAGGCCGUGGGCGGCACCCAGCCCAUGGCCCUCCUGUAGCUCAGUUGGUAGAGCAUGGCGCUUGCAACGCAAGGGUUGUGGGUUCGUUUCCCACGGGGGCCAGUAUGAAAAAUGUAUGCACUCACUAAUUGGAAGUCGCUCUGGAUAAGAGCGUCUGCUAAAUGACUAAACUGUAAACUGUAAACUGAUGAACAGAGUGGAUGUGCUCAGGUCAAUAGAUGACGGAUACACACCCUCCAUAUUCAAGGUAAUGUGUGUGCUGUAGACAUGCAGUUAUACUGUAGUAAAUGUUACUGAGUAACAGAGUAUUUAGAUGUUUAUAUUUCAACUCAUUUUGUGUGGUUGAUCAUUUAUGGUUGAUUCAUUGUUCUAAACCUCUCUCUGUAGACUGUCACUGACGCUUUCAAAUUCUACGAUGAUCUUGUCUUUCCUCUCCCUUAGGUAUCUCAGUGGGUGUCCUCUCCAGUCAACUCCACCUCCCCUGUUCUUGGCUACGCCCAAUGGAAGCCCGUGGCCUACUGCAGGCCAUUGCCUGUCUUUGACGACGCCGCUCCCUGCUAGCACUCAACCCCUGUCCCCGUAGCCCAGCUUCCCCCCUCCGGCCUGGUGCUGGCUUAUUUUGGAGGGGUGCGUCAGACCACCGGUCAGACCACCCAUUCUACAACACCACCAACUACCUUAGCUGGUAGGUAGCAGUUUACAUCCUAUUGGUUCAUCCUUGCUAUAAUAUGUUUCAUUUUAGCAACUUGAACUGAGUUAUACAGUAAAUUGCAGUUUAUAGCCCCUUCGUUAACCAACUGUCAAGCAUCAACUAUCAAGCAUCUCACACCAUCACCAACUACCUGAAAUUAUAAUGAAAUUGUCAGCACUGAUGAUAUUCUUCCUUCUCUUGCUUUUUCCCUUUCUUAUUCCCUAAUCUUCUCUCCCUCCUACUUCAGGACUGUGUUGGUGGGACUGUACUCACCUCCUGUUGACUCGUUCUCUCCCCUGGUUCUGGUCAUCAUGGCGGUGGGGCUGGGCACUCCCAUGCUGAUCAUCCUGCUGGGUGGGGUGUGUGUGUGUGUGUCCGCAAGAACAGGCCCCAAACGCAGGUCUACGAGCCAAUCAACUGAGGCCAAGCCAGGAUAUGUGUACUUUAAGUCCCGCCUUUAA